AUGAUGUCUUCCGAGCCUAGCUAUGCGCCUUUUUUUGGCAUUAUGGGUGCUACAGCAUCGAUGGUCUUUUGUGCCUUCGGUGCAGCUUAUGGGACUGCUAAAUCUGGGGCAGGUAUCUGCUCCAUGGGAGUCAUGCGUCCCGAGCUUAUAAUGAAAUCCAUCAUUCCAGUCGUCAUGGCUGGUAUAGUUGCUAUAUAUGGCUUGGUGGUGUCCGUUGUCAUCUCAUCCCUCAAGCAACUUGGCGGAGGUCUCAGCGUUGGUCUUUGUGGCCUGGCGGCUGGAUUCGCUAUUGGGAUCGUUGGUGAUGCAGGUGUUCGUGGGACAGCGCAGCAGCCUCGUCUCUUCGUGGGGAUGGUCCUUAUUCUCAUUUUUGCAGAAGUCUUGGGUCUGUAUGGGCUUAUUGUGGCCCUCAUUCUGUGUAACUCGGCAGACUGA